AUGGGAAGAAGGGCAACAAACAUGUUGAAAGAAGUUGAUAUUGCAGAGCUGAGCAAGACUAAUCCGUUUGUGAAGUUGGUGAAGGGGCAGAAGAUAGUGGAGGUUCCUGAGUUGGUGUUGGAGUCUGGUGUGGUGUUGAACAAUUUUCCGAUUGCGUACAAGACAUGGGGUCAUUUGAACAGUCGAGGCGAUAACUGUAUGGUUAUCUGUCAUGCGCUUACGGGGUCUUCCGAUGUGUCGGACUGGUGGGGACCCAUGCUUGGUAAUGACCUUGGGUUCGACCCAUCGCGGUUUUUCAUCGUGUGCUUGAACUCUAUGGGCUCUCCGUACGGCUCCUUCUCGCCGCUGACUAUUAAUGAGGAAACCGGCAGGCCAUACGGCCCAGAGUUCCCCUUGUGUACGGUACGGGACGAUGUCAGGGCUCACAAGAUUGUUCUGGAGUCGCUGGGUGUCAAGUCGGUCGCAUGUGUGAUCGGUGGCUCUAUGGGUGGUAUGCUGGCUUUGGAAUGGGCCUCGCUAUAUGGCCACGGUCCAGAAAAAUACGUGCACAACCUGGUGGCAUUGGCGACCUCAGCAAGACACUCUGCAUGGUGUAUAUCGUGGUCAGAAGCUCAAAGACAGUCCAUUUAUUCUGACCCUAAGUACAUGGACGGUUACUACACAUUCGAUGAACCACCUGUAACUGGUCUCUCUGCAGCACGUAUGAGCGCUCUGCUGACUUACAGGUCCAGAAACAGUUUUGAAAACAAGUUCUCCAGAAGGAAACCAUCCAUAGAACAGGCACAGAAAUCUAACAGAAAAGCCUCUGCAGGUGAGGGACAAGAAGCAACGAUACCGUCCUCUGUCAGCGAGCAAUCGUUACGCAUCCACAACGACGGCUACAGGUCUAGCACUCCACAGCCUAGAAUCGAGUUCAACAGAAAUGGAAGAAACGGAAGCGUGGUUUCAGACGUAUCCUCGGCUGAAUCUAUCAAAUCUGCAUCUUCGUUGACCUCCGUGAGUUCAGUGACCGGUGAAGCGAAGGAGGUUAAGCCUGCACAGACAUAUUUCUCUGCCCAGAGUUACUUGAGAUACCAAGGCGCCAAGUUCGUCAAUAGGUUCGAUGCCAACUGCUACAUUGCUAUCACUAGAAAGCUAGAUACACACGAUCUUGCCAGAGACAGGCCAGAAUACGACGAGGACAUAGAAAGAGUCCUAGAGAGUAUCGACAUCCCAAGUUUGAUCAUUGGUAUUAAAUCAGAUGGACUAUUUACUUACUCGGAGCAAGAGUUCUUGGCCGAGUAUUUGCCAAACUCACGUCUCGAAAAGAUAGAAUCCCCCGAGGGCCACGACGCAUUCCUACUGGAGUUCAAAUUGAUCAACCAGUUGAUUCUAGAAUUCUUGAACAAGAACGUGAAGGAUAUCAUGACUGCCCCACCACGUCAAUGGACCGGUGAAAUAGGUCAAGACGAACAUGCUGGUUCCGUGUUCGGCGAAGCCGAAGAAGUAACAAACUGGUAG